CUCAUCAAAGCCGAAAUCAUACCCACAGUCUUGGACACUUUCCACCCUCUCUUGACAGUAACCCUGACAUGGCCACCGAAGCACUACCGCAAGGAUAAGCCCAACGACAAGCACCGCACGCAACUUGGGAAUACCUUGAAACCAAAAUACGUCCAACGACGACCUCGAAUCGAAUUGCUGAGUGACUUGCCGGAUGUGUUCAAUUCCAUAUCUGCAGUUGCAGGGGGCGACCAUGAAAGGGACCACCCUCAACUGACCCUCGUCCUCACCGACCCCGACGCCCGCUCCCGUGACGAUCCAGAUUGGAGUGAGAUGUGCCAUUGGAUCGUGACAGAUGUUCCUUUGAUCCUUCCCAGCACUCCCAAGCUUUCAUCCUCCCUCUCCUCCAACCAAGACGUCGAGAUCGAAAUGCAAGAAAUCAUGCCCUACAAACCACCAGGCCCGCCGGCCUCGACAGGCAAGCACCGGUAUGUGGCCGUUGCUCUGGCACCAAUCAAUGGAACCAUGGAGAAAUUGCGUUUGAGCAGACCUGCGGACAGGAAGCAUUGGGGUUAUGGAGGGGAGAGAGUGGGUGUGAGGCAAUGGGCGGAGGAGAAUGGGCUGGGUGUUGUUGGUGCGAACUUCAUCUAUGCGCAGGAUAAGAAGCAGUGA